UCAAGAAAACCAGUUCCUCUUUCCGGUGUAAAAAUGUCGUCGUUACUAGUAGAUUUGCUCCGCCAAAGAGGCGGCACCGCCGUCAUCGACGGCGGUCUUGCGACGGAGCUGGAGCGCCAUGGUGCGGACCUCAACGAUCCCUUAUGGAGCGCCAAAUGCCUCUUUUCCUCUCCUCACCUCAUUCGCCAGGUGCACCUUGAUUACCUAGAAAAUGGCGCUGACAUUAUAAUCACAGCAUCUUAUCAAGCCACCAUUCAAGGUUUUAAAGACAAAGGCUAUACUGAUGAAGAGAGUGAAGCCAUGCUCAAAAGAAGUGUUGAAAUUGCUCGCGAGGCGCGUGAAUUGUAUUAUAAAGGAUGUUCUGAAUGCUGUUCGGGUGAUGGGGCUGAGGGUAAAAUCCUCAAACAACGGCCUAUCCUGAUUGCUGCGUCAGUGGGGAGCUAUGGAGCUUAUUUAGCCGACGGAUCAGAGUACAGUGGUCAUUAUGGUGAUGCUAUCACGAAGACAAAACUAAAAGAUUUUCAUCGUAGAAGAGUUCAAAUCUUAGCAGAUUCAGGUGCUGAUCUGCUUGCAUUUGAAACAGUGCCCAAUAAGCUUGAAGCUGAGGCUUUUGCUGAGCUUCUGGAAGAAGAGGACAUAAAAAUUCCAGCAUGGUUUGCUUUUAACUCUAAGGAUGGAGUUAAUGUUGUUAGCGGUGAUUCCCUUUUGGAAUGUGGCUCUAUUGCUGAAUCAUGCAAUAAAGUUGUUGCUGUUGGAAUUAACUGUACCGCACCUAGAUUUAUACAUGAUCUGAUUGUUUUGCUGAAAAAGGUGACAACAAAACCAGUUGUAAUAUAUCCUAACAGUGGGGAAACUUAUGAUGCUGAAUUGAAACAGUGGGUGCAAAACACUGGUGUUACAGAUGAACACUUAAUCUCAUAUGUUACUAAAUGGCUUGAGGUAGGGGCUUCCCUUGUAGGUGGCUGUUGCAGAACGACUCCAGCUACUAUAAGGAAGAUAUACAGUGUACUGUCUAGAGGUAAAUCUGCUAUUGUUGGCAAAGAGUGACUACCCUGUGUUCUGAAAGGAGGACCAAUGCGCAAAUCAAUAUAAUGUACAUGUCAACAGUGCUGACAACUGCAUUUGGAUCAAGUUGCAACUCUGGGCUAAGAUAGGACCAUGAAUAUGAUUUGCCUAAUUGAUGAAGACAUACAUUAUGAAACAUUGGCCAAUGCAAAUUGGAAUAUGCUUUAGCCUUGGAGCUAGUUACCUGAACAAUCGCAGUUUGUGCACGUAAAGAGCAGGAGAAAGAUGCGCGUGUUCCUUUUCUCUUCGAUUUUGGAAAAAAACAUGUUUAAUAAUUGGCAUGCGAAAUAUAUAUAUAUCUUUAGCAGUUUAGGCUAGGGAUUUAUGAAAUUGACUGUGAAAUGAGAUAAAAUGAGUUGGUCCAUGAAGUUAUAUUUUGAAACUAUUUGCAAGUAAAAAUGUAUCGCACGCAUAUGAUAUUUCAUGUUUAAGCUUUUACAAAAUAGUUACUUUUGCUUGGCCUUAA